AUGCGGUCUGUUGUGGGUGCGUGUCCGCGCAGCCGGCACCGUGUGCGGCGCAGGGCCAUUGCGGCUGUGCGUGGGGCGCUGUUUUUGGUGUUGGCGCUGGCUGCUGCUGCUGCGUGGAUGCCCGCGGUGCAUGCGGUGGUGUUGCGACUGCGGGGCGGCACGGUGGACAGAGCCAUCACGGUUGGCCGCGCCGUGGACACGGUGCUGAUGGACGGCGUGUCCAUCACGAACGGCGUGGCUGUGGUGUUCGACGUGCCGGCGAUGCUUCCCGGCACACUGCGCAUCGAACUGAGGAACUGCGUGUGCGACGGCGGUGCGCAGAUCCACGUGCGGGGCUACAGCGGCGAGGCGGCGAGUGACCGGAGCCUGGUGGUGAGUGUGAGCGGGCUGUCCGGGAGCUACUGCUCGCUCGUGUUUGUGCACAACCUGCCGGCACACACGAACGUGACGGUCCGUGACUCGACGAUUGUGACGGCGGGGCCGAUGCGCUACUCGCAGCUGAGCGGGCU